AUGUCCCACGAUAUCGAGGCCGAGUACCAAGCAGGCGAAGACGCCCUUUACAACAGCAACUACUCUGAAGCCAUUGAACUCUUUGAAAAAGUUGUCGAAGCGAGCCCAAGCCACAUUUUAGCUCUGAAUGGUCUUGCAAGAGCAAUUCAAAUGGUGCAACCGAAUUCAUCCCGAUCUUACCAAUUGCUCAAAAAGGCUUAUGACGUGGACCCAACUGACUCGUUGACCUUGUUCAACUUAGGCUCGUAUUAUUUUAAGCGGCACUCUUUUAAGCAGGCGGCCAAAUAUUAUUCAGAGACAUUGAAGUAUGAACCAAAUCAUGCAGGGGCUACCUAUAACUUGGGGGUCUGCUAUGACCAGCUGGGAGAGACAGACAAGAGCUUAGAAGCCUAUACACAUGCACUGGAGCUGGACCCCACCAGCACCCGAGCUAUCACAAAUAAAGCUAUUGUUUUAGACAGACAAGGGAAAAGUGAAGAAGCCAAAAAGCUUUUUGAGCAGGCUUUGACCAUUGAAGAUAAUGCCAAAAUACAUAAUAACUUGGGAAUUUGCUUGAAAAAGCUGGGAGAUAAUGAUUUAGCCCUGAAGCAUUACAAAAAAGCAGUGGAAUUGGACCCUGAGUAUUCUUUGGCACAUUAUAAUGUGGCAGUCCAGCUUUCAGAGCAAGAUCAGCCAGAAGAAGCAAUCCACCAUUACCAAAAAGCGCUGCACUUAGAGCCCACAAAUGCUUUUGCGUCCCUCGGUAUUGCGAAUACCCUUGAACUUACAGGAAACUACGAAGCAGCCCUCAAAAUAUAUGAGAACGUCAUGCAGAUCAUCCCAGAAAUCAAAGGGGUCGUCGACAAAAUCCAGGCUCUAAAGCGAAAAGAGACAGAAGCGCAGCAGACCCGGAUCCACAAAGAAAUGCAAGAACUAAAAGAAGCCCAAAACAACUACCUUGAAUGAGAUGAAGAGCAGUGCAAAAAGCGGCUUAAAGAGUCAGAAGAAGACCCUCGUGCUCACUUGCAGCUAGCACUUUUGCUUUUAGAGCGAAAAGACUUCCCCCAAGCCAAGCGACAUUUGUUGAGGAUUCUUGAAAUCGACACCCAGUUCAGACCAGACGUGAUUUAUGACAAGCUUGGAGAUAUCUACUUUAAGGACGAUAAAGAUUUUGAAAAAGCUAGACAGCAUUACAUGAUUGCCAGUGAGCACUCCAGCUUGCCAGAAAUCUGAGUGAAAGCAGGCAAGUGCUAUGAAAAACAGAAGAAAUUUUAUGAGGCAACUGAAGAUUAUAGGACUGCAGUGAAGCUUGAUGAUAAGUAUGCGCUGGGGUAUUUGAGGCUGGGGUGGUCACUUGUAAGGCAGGGCAAUAGAGAAGAAGGCUUGGAAAAUUUAGAAAAGGCCCAUGAGCUUGAGCCGAAGAAUGGAGAAAUUUUGACGAAGCUUGGAGAAGUGCUCGUCAAAGAAGGAAAAGAUGUAGAAAGAGCCAUUGAAAUCCUUGAACAGGCAGCCAAGAUUGACAAAGAAAACCCUGACGCCUUAGUUGCGCUCGGAAGAGCACUGGAAAAGCAAGGAAAAAUUCCAGAAGCAAUCCAGAAAUAUGAAUCAGCUCUGCUUUUGCCGUAUACAAAUAUUAAUGCUUAUUUCUAUCUUGGUGUGAUCUAUGAGAAACAAAAAGACUACAAAAGAUCAAUACAGCUCUUUAAGCAGUGCUUAAACCUAGACAAAUCCCACUUUGGGGCCACAAUCCACCUGGCUACCUUACUCGCAAAUAUGGGAGAAACCACAAAGGCUACCAAAUACUUCGAGCACGCGCUGAAACUGGAGCCUGACAACGCAGCUGCUCAUUUUAGCCUGGGAAAGAUUAUUCACUCGACAACUGACAAUUUAGACGAAGCUGCAGACCACUAUAAUAAAGUGCUGGAAAAAGACCCCCAGCAUUAUAAAGCCCUCUGCCAGCUGGGAAUUGUGUAUUUGGAGAAAAGUGAGCUGGAAAGGGCAGCUGAGCUGCUUAAGGAAUCUUUACAGAUAAAUUCAAAAUAUGUGCUUUCUUUGGUGUCUAUGGGCAAUUUGCUUUUUGAAGCUGGAAAUUCGAAGAGCUCUGCUAGGUAUCACCAACAAGCCCUCAAAUACAGUCCUAACGAAAUCCAAGCUUUGAUUGGUCUUGGCAAUGCGCUAUACGACCUUGGCAAGCCAGAAGAAGCUAUAGGCUUCUACGAAAAGGCGCUUCUUCAGGAUGACUCUCUCUCAGACAUCCACUAUAACCUUGGAAAUGCGCUGUACUUAAAAGAAGACAUUGACGCCGCCAUAACCCACUACCAGACUUCUAUCAGACUGAACCCAUCAAAGCCAGAAACUUUUUAUAACCUUGGAAAUGCCUUCUGCUUGAAAGGCGAUUUCACCUCAGCAGUGACAGCUUACACACAAGCAAUAAAGCUUGACCCAAACAAUGCGCCAGCUUAUUAUAACCUUGGAAACGCACUCUAUAUGAAAAACUUGUUUGACGAUGCCAUUGCUGCGUAUAAAGAAGCACUUAAGCUAAACCCAGACUCAGGCGAGUGCCAUUUUAACCUAGCCUCAGCUUAUAAUGAUAAAAACGAGCUUGACAAAGCCCUCUUCCAUUUCAAAGAAAGCGCAAUCCACGACGCAAACAACCCAGAAACCUAUUACAAUAUUGGAGUUCUCCUAGAAAACAAAGGAGACUUCGACUUUGCAAGAGAAAACUACGAAAAGGCACUGAAGCUAAAGGAUGACUUCGCUUUGGCGCAAGAAAGAUUGAACAAAUUAGUCGAGCAGGAAAAAUUGCCUGCGUAA